CCGCCGCCGCCGCCCGCCGCGCUCCGCUGAGCCGCCGGCGCCGCGGCACCAUGUCCCGGCGGAAGAUCUCCUCGGAGUCCUUCAGCUCGCUGGGCUCGGACUGCCCGGAGACGAGCCCCGAGGAGGAGGGCGAGUGUCCGCUGUCCCGCCUCUGCUGGAACGGCAGCCGCAGCCCCCCGGGGCCCGCCGAGCCCCCCGCCGCCGCCGCCGCCGCCGCCAGCGCCGGGGCGCGCCGCGCUCCGCGCCGCCGCCGGGUCAACCUGGACUCGCUGGGCGAGAGCAUCCGCCGCCUCACGGCCCCCGCGCCUCAGACCAUUCGGCAAACUCUUCAAAGAACACUGCAGUAUUUUGAGCAUCAAGUUAUUGGUUUCAGGGAUGCGGAAAAGAACUUUCACAAUAUAUCAAACAGAUGCUCCUAUACAGACUGCUCUGGUAAUGAAGAAACAGAAGAUGUCUCAGGAAUUCUCCAGUGCACAGCUAAUAUACUUGGUUUAAAGUUUGAGGAAAUGCAAGAAAAGUUUGGGGAGGAAUUCUUCAAUGUCUGCUUUGAUGAGAAUGAAAGAGUUCUUCGAGCUGUUGGUGGGACCCUUCAAGACUUCUUCAAUGGCUUUGAUGCUUUGCUGGAGCACAUUAGAACUUCAUUUGGAAGACAGGCCACCCUGGAAUCCCCUUCUUUCCUAUGCAAAGAGCUCCCUGAAGGCAAUCUCAUGCUUCAUUACUUUCACCCACACCAUAUUGUGGGAUUUGCAAUGGUGGGAAUGAUAAAGGCAGCAGCAAAGAAGAUUUACCGCUUGGAAGUGGAAGUAGAACAGAUCACUAAUGAUAAGUUGUGUUCAGAGGGGACAAACCCAGGUAACUGCAGCUGUCUGACUUUCCUUAUCAAAGAACAUGAAAAUGCAAAUAUCACAAAAACACUUCUACCAGGAACAUCCCAGUCCCCCUUGGACCUGAGGAUUAGCAUCAGCACCUUCUGCAGAGCUUUCCCCUUCCACCUGAUGUUUGAUCCAAACAUGCUGGUUCUCCAGCUUGGAGAAGGUCUUAGGAAGCAGCUCAGAUGUGACACUCAUAAAACACUGAAAUUCCAGGACUGCUUUGACAUAGUUUCUCCUAAGAUCAGUGCCACGUUUGAACGAGUCCUCAUGAGAUUAUCUACUCCCUUUGUGAUUCGGACCAAACUUGAGGAUUCUGGCUCUGAAAAUAAAGAUAAGGUGAUGGAAGUUAAAGGACAAAUGAUUCAUGUGCCCGAAUCAAAUUCAGUUUUGUUUCUGGGUUCCCCCUGUGUGGACAAGCUGGAUGAACUGAUGGGCCGAGGCCUCCAUCUUUCAGACAUACCUAUCCACGAUGCUACUCGCGAUGUCAUAUUGGUUGGGGAGCAAGCAAAGGCUCAAGAUGGCUUGAAAAAACGAAUGGAUAAACUGAAGGCAACACUAGAAUGCACGCACCAAGCCCUGGAAGAGGAGAAAAAGAAAACAGUAGAUCUUCUGAUUUCUAUUUUUCCCGAGGAAGUGGCUCAGCAGUUGUGGCAGGGGCAGCAAGUUCAGGCCAGGAAGUUCGAUGAUGUGACGAUGCUCUUCUCAGACAUUGUGGGCUUCACUGCCAUCUGCGCACAGUGCACUCCCAUGCAGGUCAUCAGCAUGCUGAAUGAGCUCUACACUCGAUUUGACCAUCAGUGUGGAUUCCUGGACAUCUACAAGGUGGAAACAAUAGGUGAUGCGUACUGUGUUGCAGCAGGGCUGCAUAAGAAAAGCCUUAGUCAUGCUAAAGCCAUUGCCCUGAUGGCACUGAAGAUGAUGGAGCUUUCAGAAGAGGUUCUCACACCAGAUGGGAGCCCUAUUAAGAUGAGGAUAGGCAUUCACUCAGGAUCCGUUCUGGCUGGUGUCGUUGGUGUAAGAAUGCCACGUUACUGUCUCUUUGGAAACAACGUCACUCUUGCAAGCAAGUUCGAGUCAGGAAGUCACCCACGUCGCAUCAAUGUCAGUCCAACCACGUACCAGCUUUUGAAAAAGGAAGACAACUUUAUUUUUAUUCCUCGUUCCCGUGAAGAGCUUCCAGAAAACUUUCCAAAGGAAAUUCCUGGGAUCUGUUACUUCCUUGAGGUCAGAAGUGGUCAGAAGCAGCCAAAACCCUCCAUCACAUCUGCCAGAGUGAGAAAGGUUUCUUACAACAUUGGCACCAUGUUCCUCCGGGAGACUAGCCUAUGAGGCCUGCUGCAGAUCAAAGACUCGUCAAAAAAGCACAAGCCCAGAACUGGGUCAUGACAGGGGAGUUGGAGGUUCUUUCUAUUUCACUGCCUUGUUUUGAACAAGCAGUAAAAGUUCCAUGUAAUGUCAGGCAAUAAUCAUUUUAAAAGGUGGGUGACUGCCGCCAGUAAACAAAGUGGAGAUAGGGAAAAAAGUAAUUACACAAUGUACUUCCACUUCCAGAGGAAUUUUGUUCAUAAAUUUCAGUCUGGCCCCUUUAUAACAAACAAAAACAAACAAAAACCAACCCUCAACUUAGAGGUUGGUUUUGUUUUGUUCAGAAAUGGUGAUGGUUCUCCGUAGAUUUGCACCAGCUAAGCAGAAUUGAGAGUCAGUUCUGAUUAUGCAUUCCUACAUUUAAUGUGUUCUUCAGUAACUUAAUGAUGUUUUUUAACUUUAUGAACAAACAUUUCAUACAUAUACUGUAGAGUUGCUGUAACCUUCCUGGCAGGAGGAAUUACAAUUCAGUACAAAUAUUGUAGGGAUUUUACCUAUUUUUAUACAUAUUUCACUUUCUGGAUAAUUACAUUCCACAUACUGUAAGCUGAGUGAGCUUAGAUAGCUUUUCAGAAAGCUCCUGUAUAUUUCAUAUAUUCUACCUAUCAAAGCUUAUUGUUAUACAAGUGGGAAGAAGUCAUUUUCUUUGACUUUUUUGUCAACAACAAUAUCAAUAUUUUACAGAAGAAAACACUUUGGUUAAUCUCUUUACCUGAUGUUUAUGCUAAAGCUUUAGAUGAGCAUUAUCUUGCUUAUAUAAAGUUAUGUUUGGUAUUUGUCCUACAGUGCUGUGUUUCCGGUCUUUCCAGGACAAUGAAAACAAAGGGUAAAAGAUCAGUGUAUUGACAGAAAAACAAAAAAUUCUCCUUUACACAGUGGGACUUGCUUCACACCAAAUUAUCAGCCAAAUUGAUUUUUGGUAGAAGUCCUGCACAAGGACUUUCAUGAAAAAUUUCAUGAUGAGAAAAGUUCUUCGGAGAGAGUCCAGCAGACAUCGGAAACUCCCUGGAUACUCCUUUUCCCCAGUUUUUAUUGGGACUUAUGCUCCUACACCACUUAGAAGGUUUUUGAAAAUCCUGUGUUAUUAAUGAUGCUCAUCUGGAAGUUUCCUCUGUUGCUGGACUGGCUGAAAGGCCCUCUGCUUUAUCUGAGGUAGACCAGAAAUUGCUGGAAAGAGGGGAGCAGAGGGUAAAAAUACUUUCCCAGAUUCAAUGCAAAUUGCAGUUCAAGCUUUAGAUGAGUCCAUGUCGAUAAAAAUAAAAGGCUAAUUCUUUGCUGGUGAAAAUUCAUAUAAUUUUAUUGUCUUCAAUGAUUCCAGUUGAAACAAGAUCUGGAUCCGGAUCUGCCUACUGGAUCCUCCAGGAGGCACAUUUUCAGGCAGUGUUCAUGUCUCAGGUUUUUCUUUUGAAAAAUAAUGAUGGUCAAUUUUCCUCUGCAAGCAUACUCCCCUUGGGGUCCUAUUUCAGCGGGUCAAUGUUGUUCUGCUUUUGCAUUAAGCAGCAUAUUAGUUAAAAUUUGUGCAGUGAUACUGAGGCAGCAUAGCUUUAAAUGGGCUUGAUCAGAGCUCACUGAAAUCAAAGAUAAGAUUCUCAACAGCACUAGAAGGCAUGAGAAGCUCAGUAUUUUUAUAAUCCAGAUGAGAAAUUAGAGGUGUACUUAUGGAUUUAGUAGUCAAAGCUUGAGGUACCUUUUAAACUAAGUAAAUAACAUUCACCAUGUGUCCAAAUUAUCCAGUUACAUCUUUCUGUGGAGGGAACAACAGUGCCGUAAUUCUCCCAUGUGGCAGUACUCCAUGCAGGGAUGAGCAAGUGCAGCAUUCCUGAAAGUGUUUCAGGCUUCCUUUCCGUGAAGCCUGACUGGAUGAGAGAGGACCACCUUGAACCCACAGAGACUUCAGCAUGUAGAGUAUAUCUUAACUCAUUAUAGUUUUUCAUGCCUGACAAGGGUAGCUGUGUGGGACUUAGCCCAGAGUAUUACUUAAAUGGGAGUUCCCUCGCUUUCUAGAGGAAAAACUAAUAUUAACAAUUCUUCUAAUGGAUAUCAGAGCAUCCCUGGGACUAGAGGAUUUCAUCUUGUCUGCUUUGAUAAAAGCUUUUGCAGCUCUAUUGUCUAUCUAAAAAAUGACUUCAUGAAGACUCUUUGAGCUUGAGGUGGCAGAAUUUCUAUCCAAACUAGAGAUCUGAGAUUUUCCUGAAUAGGAGGACAAAUUUUAGCCUAUAGCCAUAAGUUUGCAGGUGCAUGGGAUGUAGCAUGCAUUUUUUCCAGGGAACACUAGUGACACAUGCACAAAUCAUAAAUGGAGCAAAGCUCCAAUUUAUCUACACCACUUCCUAGCUAACAGCUAUGAUUUUGGUACUGUUGCCUAAUUUCCCAGAGUAAAAAUUAUUCUAAUAGGCAUUAAUACUUUGAGAUUUCCUUCUGACUUUGCUGGCAAUAUCCUUAUUGUGCAAUAGGUAUUGAUGUGAGAUCACUAAUCUCUCUGGCCAAACUCUGUUUUUCUUCACACCACCCACAGUCCUCCAUGAAGAGAACGCAGAGGUUCAGACCCAAAGCUUGUAGCUCAAUAUCCUGUCUCUCGCACUUGCCAAAACCAAAACAUCUAGGUUAAUUCUGUGGCUGAUCCAGAUAGAUCCUUUUUCAGGAUAAAUGAUGAAACAGUCAUUCUAAUUCCACUAGCAAAUGCCAUCCAGAAAGUAGGAGAAGCAUCUCCUCUUGCAUCCCCUCAAGUGACUAAUUUAUACUGUAAGGGAAUUUAUAAUCACAGAGAUCAGUACAAAAACUAAAAAUUGGUGUCAGCAUCACCAUGGAGACAAUGACAGUGUUUGCAAAUAAAUCAGCUAGCUCCCUGAAUUAGACUAGAUUCACUGUAUAAGAAUAUACAGGCUCUGCUUUUUAUAAGCGUCUGUAAAGGUAACAUGCCCAAAACUUCAGCACUGAUGCUAAGUAUUGUGUUAUUUGCUUCUGUGUUAUGACAAGCGAAGUUAAUAAAAAACUGUGGGUUCUCUAGAGACAUUUUUCUAGCUCAGCAUGAGAGAAAAGUGUGAAACAAAUUCUCAGCACUAUUUACCUUAGUAGCUGUAUCUGCUGCCUGUAAUAUUAGGUUACAAAUUUAUUUUGUUGGACACCUUUAUGAAGCGAAAUGAAAUUUAUUAGCAAGGCUGAUGCUGUGAACUCAGAUGCUAGUCAGACAACAUUUCUCCAGCAAUGCUUCCUUUUGGUGAAAGAGGAAACUUUCUCAUUUGUCUGGUAUUGUUUCCAUAAAUAAAGAAGUGGCUCUGGGUUCUCAGACUUUUUUCCUUGGGAUGAUGAGGUGGGCAGGUAGAAAAGCGGUGCUGAAAUGGGUGCAGAAAGUUCGCAGUAUACUUGCAACUUCCCUUUGAUCUAUAAAGGAGGUGGCCUGUUGUGCCUCUGAUUUAGAAUUUAUACAUCCAUUUAUUCACUUAGCUGUAAGCAGCAACAUCUCCUGGCUUGAGUUUCUGUGAGAACCAAAUCCUCCCCCUGUAAAGGUGCAGAGUGAGGAGAUCUACUGAAUAUGGUCUGUACAGGACGAGGGGAGGAGGAUGCGAGGAACCUAGCUGGGGCUCGUCAGUCUUUUUGCCACGGACUUGUUCUCUGCGGCCUCUCUCUGCUCUAAGGUCAGAGGAGCGGAAAUCAUGGAUUUACCACAGAUGUUGACCCAGCAGCCAACUUCCCUUACAAAAGUCAUGAGGCCUAAGUAGCCAGAGACAACGGUAGGCUCCCUAGAGCAGUUCUUUAGAUUUUGUGUAAGAUUUCUCCUUUUGCUUGAAGCUCCCCGUCACACAGGCUCUUCUGUAAUGCAGCGCAAACUGGUCAGGAACUCAGGGUCAGAAGAAAAUGGUGAUGGAAGUGGUAGAGUGGUGGAUUAAAUUAUGUUCUACAUCACUGUGGUAAUAUCUGCCAUACAAAGACAAAAGCCAUUACAUGGGAGAGUUGCUGCUAAGUCAGGACUCUAGAAGCCUGGUUGUCUUUGUAGGCUCCCACAGGAUUUUGGUUUUUUUAAUCCCAAAGAGUCAUUAACUGUGGUUGUGGUUUUGGCUUCACUGCUCAUUCCCACAUCCAGUUUCAGAUUUGAGUUUGUUUGGAAAGGCAUUUUGGAGCCUGGAAACUUGCCUCUUCAAACAGAAAACCAAAGCUUUUAAGAUGUAGGAAAUCUUGUAUGGGAAUUGCCUAUUCUGAGGAAGAGAUCCCUGCAGUUGCGUCAUUAUCAGGUCCUACUGACCUGAUAAUGUGACCAUAUCAGGUCCUAUCAGGUUCAGCUGUGUGCAUAUGCCGUUUCACAAUGAAAUCUCUUCCUAUGCUUUUGGUGUUACCUAUCAUGUCCAACAAAAUUAUCUGGAGUGUAACCACAUUUUCUCUGUUUUCCAUUAACAUCUCUCUUUUAUUUUUUUCUGUAUAAAGCCAACAGUACAGUAUCAUGGCAUGUUGCAUACCUUUAAAAGUAUCAUAACACCACACUUAGACUUGUUAUACUCCACUAACCGAUUUCAAAUCAUAUAUUUGUUCCUUUGAACAGAUCCUUCUCCCAGCAGAUUUAAAAAAUGAAGGAAAAAAUAGUCAUUGCAUUGAAUUACAAAUGAGUAUGAAAUCUGUAUCAGUUGUUGGGGCAAGUAUAACUGCUGGAUUGCUUUCAGAUUCUUCAUCUUCCACAAGCUGUCAUGCUUGCUUACUUCAUGCAACCCAUCCUGCCAACGUAUCUGUAAUGCAACAGCAGUAUUGCAAACUUCUGGCAUUUUCUGUGUUCUUUCCUCUUCCAGUCUCAAGCUAUUACCACACCUCUGCUGAGCUCCCAGAGCUCACUGAGGAGAGGUAAUUCCUCGUCCUAAAGCAGUCUCACAGCUUCUGGCUUUGUUUUUGUGUUCUGGUGGCCUUUUGCAAAAUUAUAUAUUUGUAAUAUAUAUAUUAAAAUAUUAGAAACGUGCUUAAAUUAGCAACAAAAGAAGAAGCAUAAGAAAGCUUGUCAGACUUAGAAGAGGUUGGCUCACUUCGUUCAAGGGAAUACAUUAUUCUUAGCACUUUACUGAGGUUGAGGAUACCAGUGAUGGUAGAGCCUGUGGAUGAACUGGAGAUGCUGAGUGUGCAGGAGACUUGACAGGCAGGGGCUAAUCUGCCUGUCAAGUCUCUGCUGUUGCUACUAUUCAUAUUUCCAUCACCUUGCAUGCUAUUUCCUGCUCUAGGUCAUGCUUCUUCUGUUGAAAAGACUUUACUUUCCUUCCUCUUGCAGCCUGUAUGUGACACGCAUAAUGAGUAAUUCCAAUUAUUGUUCUCGUUAGCCUCUGUUGUUGACAUGGCUGCUUACAUCUAAAGAAUAAGUGGGUUUAAAGGGCUGAUCUUACUAUUUGCAGUAAAGACAAUGCUGCUACAGUGACACAGCAGGCACUCAUAUCUUCAGAGGAGAGGACUGCAGUGCAAAUUGUUGCUGGCAGAUUUGGUUGGAGAAGUCAGUGGACUGUAUGUCCAAUUUUAACUUCCGUAAGCACUGAAUUUAACCAUGUAGCUAAGAGAUACUCCUUAACAAUCUUAUUAAUCGCAAUGCAUGAGCAGCCUUACAGCAAAAGUCUAUAAACUGUUUAGCCUCAUAUACAUGAUUGAUCUUUUGCGGUUUGGCUAUGAUGCAAGAAAGCAAGCAAAACAGUGAAACUAGGGAAUGUAGCAGUUCGUUUGUAGGCCACAAACCAUUCACCUCUGCAGAAGCUUACUUGUUCCUGCAGUUUAGAAAGAUUAACCUCUAGUUAUACGUGGUCCAAGUUAGUAUCACUGUGUCACUAUAGCAACAAAACGGCCUCUGAAAAAUAGCAGGAGGAGUCUCAGUCUGCUUCCCUGUGGACUGUGGUUCACCUUACAGAGGACAAUAUAGUAAAUGAUGCAAAGUGGCAACUCUGUUGGCAGCCUUAACAAAAAGAUCAGUGGAGGCAGGUGUUAAACUAGCCAUCUGCUCCAGGGAUUUUGAUUUCCAAAGGCAGAGUGAGGCAGAACAUGUUUGUCUGUUCCUUCAGUGCCCCAUGGCCAGCGUGGAGGGAGCCGAGCGGGCGGUUUCAGGAGGGACAGGCUGGCUCACCUGGCUGCAGCAGUGUGUUCAUUUCUGCCUUUAGCUCUGACCCACUUCUGCUCCAGAAGCUACUGCACAUGUAACAGAGGUAGCUACAGUAUGUGAGGAUAUCCAUAUGUCAUCCACCCAUGGUGACCGUCUGGCACCUUAACGUAAAUCACUAGUAAAUUUUUUUAGCUCCGAUCCAUGCUUUCAUUGCCGAGUCAGAGCAUGAACUGGGGCAGCUAAGGUGCACAUAUAACCCACUCUGCUGUUCCUGCUGUACCUGUAUGCCUGUGACCUGCAGCAGAUGGUGUAAAUAGGGUGAUGUCUUCAGUGACUUUAUUUGAGCCCAAUGAAAAAAGUGUUCCAAAAGUCAAUUUUCCUCUGAAAAUGGGGGUCAGGUAAGUAUUUCCAGGUGCUUGCCUCAUCUGUUCAAGACGCAACAUAAGGCUACCUAAAUCCCUGAAUGUGAUUGUUUCUCAGUGACCACAGACAGCUAACUUAGACUAGACAUGUAUUUUUUUAAAUGUCAUAAGCAAGAUCAGUCCUACCAAAUUGAACUCUUUCCAGCCCAAAUGCUGUGUCUCAAACCUUAUAGUCUGGGCUGCUUUCCAGAGUUUUGCAUUGCCCGGAAUAGGUUGAAUCAAACUAAGUGACAAAUGGAUACAUAAGCAUAUCCCAGGAUAAAUAAUGAUUUGCUAUGGUAGCCACAGUGACUGAGAAGAACAGGGGCUGCUACAGUCCUGAAAAUCUCUUCCUUCUGAUGUCUGAACCCUGUAAUAUGAUAUCAGUGCUGCCAGUGACAGCUCCUGAAUACCUUUGGGACUGUGAUUUAGCAAAGCUCUUGAGCUUUGAGCUCCUAACCCAAUUAAGCAAAAUUUCUGUGCUACCUUCAUCUGAGCUAUAUGUCAGAAUGCCUAAAUAAAGCCUUGUUAGUUGUUCUGUAGUAAGGAUGGUAUAAAAUGUGUAAAUUCUAGAGGGCAGAGAGAUAGACACCAAGUUAUUGUUAACACAGAUUUUUCUGGCUUUUGUGAAUUUGUAGGUUCAAAGUUAACUUUCCAUUAGCAGAAGGUCUUGCAUUCAACUACCUGUUCUCUAGAAAAUUAUUCCCUAGCAAUACUGCAUAAUGACUACUCUUGAAGCAAUAAGUUAAGCCAUACUAUUAUAUUCUGUGUAGAUUCUUGUACAACACCUAUCACCUUAUCAAAGCGCCUUGUACCAGAACAUUAAACGACACAGUAAUACUCUGUCAUUACUGUUUGUCCUUUCAUCCUCUUCCCCAGGGGAGAAGAGUGUGUAGUGGAAUCUUUUGAUUUUGUGAGGUAUUCUCUGUUUGUUAGUUUUCUAAAAAUAUGUAUUGCUACUUAUUUAAGUAAGGGAAGGCAAAAUCAGAACUAUGGAAUAGGAUUAGAAAAGACUUUUGGUUGUAAACUGAGUGUCUAAAAGACUGGCCUCUGAGUCAGACCUGUCUGCUACCCUAGAAACAGCAGUACCUGCAAUGUAUAUAGAAUAUACCGAGGAAUGAUACAUAUCAGCAAUAAGACAGGUAUAUGUAAUGGAUAAAUUCUCCUUUAUACAAAACAAUAAAUUGAUGUUAAGAUUGAUUAAUACCCAGAAAGGAGGAGUACUGUUUAAUCUAUCUUAGCAUUUGUUUAUUACCAAGAUAUCGCUAAGGUAUUAUUUUUUCAUUCCCUAAUGAGUUUGGAACAUACUGUUGCAUUAAAAUCAGGGUUUCUGAGCUUAUUGCACAGGAACAUGGUUAGGAAUAAACAGCUAUCCAGGAGAGUUUUUUUUAAAAGUAAAUCAUUGCUUGAGAGACCAGGUCAUAGGGAAAAGAGAAAGGAGGCAAGAACAUGUAUAUUUAUUUUAAAGAUUUAUGUGGCAUUUCUGAUUGGUUGAAAUCAUUCUGAAACUGUACAUUUAAAGGAUGUCUACCUGAUGCAGGUUAUUUGCAUUGGCUAAGAUGGAGGAGGUAAAAUUUUCAAAGUCGCAUAAGAGGCGUACUCCACAAUUCCAUUUUCUAUAUUUAAACACAUAACCUCUUUCUGAAGGUUAAGCCUAAAUUUGCUGAACAAUCCUGAGGUUCUGAGUGCCCAAAUAGGUUUUGGAAAUGUGGAUUAUAAAUCUCUAUAAUUUAUAUUCCUUUGACAUGUUGUUAUAAUGAUGUAUGAAAGCAAAUGCUAAAUAUCUGACCAGCAGCACAGGUGCAUUUUCCUAGUGCUAGCCUGUGCUGGAGGAUGAAAUACAGAGUUGUUUCUAACCUAUGCAGUUUUUUUAAGGUGAUGCUUCCAGAUGUGCUGCUGUGAGCAUAUGAGUGCUCUGGUGUUCAGUGGGGACGAGGCUCAUAACCUUCUUUUAUAAUGCUCUGUGGGAUCCUAAUGGAGAAAGCGCUGUCCAGCCAGCUCCAUCCUAUUCAGCUCAUCCACGGUGGGAGUGUUUGGGGUAAGCUGAGUCUGAAAUAUGCUUGUGAUUACAUCUCACACUCCAGGGCCAAGUAGUCCUUGCCAGUGCUUAGGAGUGCAAGCAUUCUCCUCUGGAAACUUCUCACAAGUCCGAGAGUGUAUGGGUAAGUCAACAAGGAGAAAGCAUCUGAAGAAAGUGAGGAAAGUAUGUGUGUAUGAGAGAGAGCUGCUGUGAGUAGACAUGCUGCUGAUUCUUAGUUUUAUUUGGAAGCUCUAUGACCCAGAAAAUACGCUGGGUGUGAUGCAGAAUGCAAGAAAGUGCUGUACAUAAUCUCAUGAACUCUCAUGGUAUCAUGAUGAGUUUGAGAGUCCAUUAUCCUUAGAGUUUUAGUGGAACUGCAGGAGAAAUGCACUAUUUUAGGAGGAGGGAAAGUUGCUUUGUAUUUUAAAUAAAGAGUUCAGUCUCUAGUUGCACAGAAAAGUUAUAAGGAAAAAGGGAAGUCUAAAAAUUGAAAAGAAAAAAGCAAUGGAAGAAUGUCCAUUUUUUUCUACGGUUUGACUUUUCUAGAGGUGGGACUCAGAAUUUCUCAAUGAAUUCAGGCAGUGAAUACAAAACCUUUCAGUAGGUAGGAAACUUUACAAGUGAGGUACUUCACCAACUUGUGGAAAUUUGGAGGCUAUGGUAAGAAUGCCUUUAAAAAGUAUGUAGAGAUAUGGUAUUUUAAUAUUAGCACUUAACAAAAAGUGAAGCUUUUCUGCUUUGUAAGCAAAUACAGUUUAGGAAUAGUUUUGAAAGUGAAAGCAUGUUUCGAAGAGUGUUGUAUCAUAAUAAAAAGAAACAUAGUCUACAAUACAGUCUAGUGUUCACACUGUUUCUUCAAGAAACAGUCCUGUAUAUGGUCUUCUCAAAAGCACUUGCAGCCAACAGGCAUUUAUAGUUAAUUUCAAAGACAGCAGGAUUUCACCAAGCACUUUUUGCAAAAAUGGCAAUCGGAUCAUGUUGGGUAAGGCCUAGAUUUAACUCAGUGUGAAAGUGGAGGACUAGUUUAGGUUAGCUGCCGUGCUGUAGGUGAGAUGAAAUCACUGCCAGUACGAAUGGGAAGACAUGAUAGGAAAGAACAGAAAAUGCAGACACGGAGAGGAACACAUCAGGAGCAAGGGCCCUCACUGCAACCAGUGAUUCAAAGGGUCUUGACCUGGUCUGAACCUCAAGUGAGUGGGAAGCAUAUGGGCUCUAGCUGCUGCGCGGCUGUAUGACUUGCAUACUUCUCUGUGCUGUUUGCUGUUGCCAUUCUGGUCCUUAGACAUCUGUGGAGAUUUCCACUGCAGUCCUGGUUAGGGAGGCCGUGGGAAAGUACUUCUUGGGAAGAAGUGAUAGUAUGCAGUCCUCCGCACUGCAAACUGUCAUUCUCUCCAGAGAAAUGAAAUUAGAAAUAGUAUUGUCCCGAAGAGCUGAGAAAACUUGCAGAUUUUCCAUGUGCAGUAAACAGUUUCUGUAAUUACCAGGAAAACAAAACAAAGAGGCAAACUUCUGCAGUAGGGGCAUCCCAUCUCAUACCCGCUGCUGUAGUCAUGAAAUCCAAACCCUGCAGAAUUGCAGGCCCAUUAUUCUCUCUUGCUUUAAAGGUCAGCUAAGAAGCUAGUUUGUCAAAUGGGCUCAUAGCUCUGAGACAACGUAACACUAGUCAUUUCUUCCAACAAAUUGCAUUUGUCAGAGGAACUGGAUUAGUAGUUCACAGAGCUAAAAAUAGACACUCUAUGGGCUUGGCAGAGAAGCCUGGAUUCAGUAACAGAGAUGAAGGUAAAUCAAAAUGUCAUAACAUCUGGAAAAAAAGCAACAAAAAAUGCUCAACCCAAAGCAAACUACUCCUGAAAUUACACUAAAAAUAACCUGAAUUAUCAACUGAAAGAGUGCCAAUGUUUAUUCUUGAUUCUGUUUUAUUCACCUUACAGGUCCAGCUUGCAGUUGCUACUUUAUCAGCCUAAUCAGUUUAGCCACAAACAUUUCAAAAUCGUAUACCUAAAGUUAGGCAGUGAAAGCCAUUAUGAUAAAGCUAUUAUUUCAAUCCUGAAAAAGCAGAUAGUUUGGCUUAGCAUUUUACCAUUACCAUUAUUAACCAAGGGCGUUAAUGGUUUAUGGUCAAACUUAUUCAACUGAAAAAAAAAACCCUCCCAAAGCUGAGCUCUAAUGUGAGAAUUAUGACGGAAACAACUUUUCAAACCUCAGCAUAUCUUUACUAAAAAGUGGAUAAUUAUUUUUGAUUACAUCAACCAUUUAUAUUUUAAACAUAUUUCUUUUUUGCCAGGAUUUUUGUGAUUAGUGUUACUUCUUGCAUGGUUUUUUUUUUAGAAAAAUUAGAAACACUUAUUUUUUCUUCAUUCUUCUUCAGUUAUUUAUUCUCUGUAGCAGGGCAGUUCCACUCUACUGUGUAUGCUCUUGAGGAAGUAGCAAUCAACUGCAGAUAGGGAACCUCAGUGAACCUCAGCCAGUUACUUCAAGGUAAAAGUUUUGCAAGGUAUAGGUUCAGUCUAAGCAGAAGACAGGGCUAGCAGUAUCUCCAUGCAAUUUGUACUAUGACUUCAGGAAUUCUUUUUUUCUCUUAUAUUCAGAAGCUAAACCUCUGUAUAGUUCAGGAAUAAUCUUCACCGCUCUCUUUAAAAUUUUUUUCUGUUGUGCAUGUCUUUUCUGCUCACUGCACCUUUUAUAAAAUCUGUGCAUUUCAGGUCUGAAGCACUCAAAAGUGUAGGGUAUAAAUAAUAACUUAUAUCAGAGAAUCAAAUCACUGUGAAAAAUAUUUGUAAAGUAUUUAUGCUGAGUGUCUUUUAGAUACCUUAUAAAUUAGAGUCCUUUUUGCAAAUUCUGUGCUUGUAGAAGUCUUUGGUCAUCACUGACUUUAAGUGAUUCUAAGAGAGACCAGUAGUCAUCUUGAAUUUGGUAUUUAAUUACCAUUAAUACCAUUUGUCUGGCAUUCAACGGUGCACCAGUAUUACUCCAGUGUUAAGGUUUGGUUGUGAAACAGAAAUGACAGGACAAGCAGGACCGGUAGUUAUCUGCAUUGUACAUCCUGUUCUUCACACACACAUUUCAUGGCAUACUUUAUAUUUUAUAGAACAUAAUAUCACUGGUUAAAUGUGCAGAAAAAUAGGAAUAAAAAAUACAAAAUACAUGCCCCUCAGCUGAGUGGACAUUAAAGAAUCUGACAGUGAUCUUAGGACACUAGAUAGUUUUAUCACCUAUUCUAGGGAUUGCUUUAAACCACAUCAUGCAUUCUUGGCAUGCAUCUUUGCUUUGGUGGGAUGCAUGAUCAUCAUCAGCCCUACAGCCGAGAAAACUCUAGUAUUAAUCACUGCCAUAUUAGGGCCCGGAGAUUAAUAAUACAGCUAGGAAUUUUUCAGAGGAGUGUUGUAAGAGAACUUACGCUAUUUUUACCAAAUGCAGUGGGCUCCACUGCUAGUACUAACUUUAUAUCCUGUUUUGAAUUGAUUUCAACCUUUCUCAGUUUACUAAAAUUCAGCAGUUACUCUUUUGAGUGUUCCACAGUGUGUUGAAGAGACUGUGUGUAGUCUGAUUGUCCAAUAUACUGGUGCGUCACACAAAUGUCAAACUGUCUUACACCACCAGUGUCUUGGAAUGGAGAGGCCAAACAAUGUUUCACAACCACAAAUAAUCUCCUUAUUUGCUUUGCCAAUUUGCUCAGCCCCCCAUCCAACUUCAAAGAAAGAACUGAAUGCUACUAAAGCUCUUUUUGUGAUUUGCAUUUCUUUCAGUGGGGUAACUCUGUGAUUAUGAGAAACUUUUGCAAAACAAGCCAGUGUUGUUGGCAUGAACUUCACAGCCUGAGCCUAUCAAGUCAUAGUUCAGUCUCUUCCCAAAACCUUUGAGAAUUAAUUGUACUUUGCAUGCAAUAUCUCACCAAGAAAGACUGAUAACAAUUUGCUAGCUGCUACCCCUGUGAUCCUGCCUCUCCCAUCUAAUGGAAAAAUCACGAAGGUCAACCUCAGGCUUCUUCUGGAGUGAUCUCAAUCUUUCACUCCCUUCCAGGAGCCUGAUGCAAUGGUGAAAUCAGUGAUUUAAUUGGCGAUUUGUUCAGGCUAGUCUUAAUUUCCUCUGCAGGUAACUCUAAAGGAUGAUUAAUCUUUGAUGCCUUAGUUGCCUCUUUUGGCUUUUCCCUUUAAUUAAAGUGUUGCCAGAGUAAAACCUGAGGACUAGUCCCUGUCUGAUGUGCUUACAAACAGCUCCAAUAAAAGGCACAAACAUAUGCAGAGCUAAGUUGUAGGUAUGAGUGAAAAUCUCAGAUUAUUGAAGGAAGAGGGGUAUUUGCCUGAGUCCAUGAGCAGUGGGAAUUUUCAGUCACAUAUGGGCGGUCAAUGGGUUGCUCAGAGCAGAGCUGUUCAGUGCAGUGCAAUUUUUACUCAGCUUUCUGAACCCUGGGAGCUGCUGCUUGUCUGAUUUCAAACUUCUCUAUUUUGCAAGUUGGAUAAAAAUAUUUGGUACUUUUAAUAUGAAGAUUGCCCCCCUCUACCCCUGCAAUGUCUGCAAACCUGUGGAGCUAGACCAAACUCUCCUGAGUACAAACACUUUUUGUGUACUUCUGUAGUAUUAUUUUAGUGUCCUGUAAAGUUUCUCUGAAGAGGCUUGGAUAGGAACUGUACAAGCAUUCUGCACUAAGUAACAAGAUAACAACCUUGCACUAUUAACAGAGGACACAUAGCAUUAAAAUAAUAUUGGAUAUCAUUAAAUAAUACUAGAGCUCUAUCAGGGUUUAGAGCACUGUGAUGUUUAUGGACUGAAGCAGUUUGUUUACAAUUUCUUAGGGAGAUGAGGAUAAAUUAAUUAAUGACAGUAUUUCCUUUUCAGUAAUAAGCAGAGGAAUAAGAUGGUGUCUCUAGACAUUUCUGUCAACUUGAUGACUAAGAAAUUAAUUUUAGUACCAGGUAAAUCUGGAUAUUAUUUUAAAACAGGAGGCUGCAUUCUACCGGGAAGGGCUGUGGCAGGUUAGACGUUUAGUGUGAGCUCACGUUUGGACAGAAUAGCUUAGCAAAUCCUUUAAGCCAAGAUCUUCCCACACUGAAACCAACAGAAAAAUAGCAAGAUCAAGUCUGGGUACUUUUCCUAGCUGUUCAGCAAACAGAUCCACCUGCCAAAAGAGGCAGGGUCCAUACAAACUAUCUCAUGCUGCAUUUCAGUUUCCUUAUUGGAAUUCAUUUGGCAGUCUUUGUUGUCUGGAAGUUGCAGUAGGUAUCUCUGGUAGAAAACUACUAUGUCAGUUAUGAUUGCUUCCCCAGACCAACUGAAUUUAUCACUAACCAAAGACUUAUCUACUUGAAAACAAAACAGUAAAGUUUGGUUCUGUCAUUUAUGUCUUUAACUGGGAGCAGUUGAAGGGCAUAAUAAAUGUGCUAACCAAACCUGUGUUGUGUCACUGAACAAGAAUGAUUCAAGGCCGCAGCACCAGUACAACAUAGCAGAAUUCAGUAUUAAUCCCUCUCUGGGAACAUGAGUCUAUGUAAUAAAUUGAUGUGCCAUAUGUGUAGGCCAUGGGAAAGUUGUGUGUGCAGUGAACUACAUAUGGUCUUAAAAGCUUUAACAUUUGUAUUGCUCUUCCUAUACUAGAAUGUAUAUCUUGAUGGCUGUGACCUGAUGAGCUUCUGACAAAAUGUACUCUAAAGUUUAUUCUUCUUGUUUUAAAACCGCCAUUUUGUGAGUUAUUGUUUACACAGGCCGCCACAGGCAGCGAGGGGUCUUUCCCCAUGCGUUCCAGGGAAACAGAAAAGCAGAUGCUAUCUGUAAGUCUUGCAGGCUACAGAGAUCAGUGAAUGUCUGUCCUGAAUCUCUUCCUAAGAAGUUACUUUCCUCUAGCAAAUUCAAGCAGUGCCAAUAACCUGGGCCUUCUUUAGAAGAAACAAAAAGUUUGUUAAAGGGCCGCCUUCUAUUCAGCGUCUGCUGAUAUUUCUUAAUUUUCUCUUUCUGCUUCGUUUCAAGCCAGCUUUGGUGAUAUGAUUCCUGCAGAAUGGGGGCAAGCAGUUUGCCUUUUAUACUGUUCCUUUUUCCAAAGCCACGUAAGGCCUCAAACAAGAAGAACAAACUUUACAAAACUCAUGCAGGCAUGUUGUUAACAGAGACUACAAGGAUGAAGCAGCCUACUAAGAACACCCCAAACUGUCUUUUAAUAACAUGCCUGCACUGCUUUGUUACUUCACAUCUUGCUUUCAUAGUGUGACCUGCUAUAAUGUUGUUUGUUAUAAUGAGGUCCUUUUAGUUUGUCCUAAAAAAUUUUACUUGUUUGUUGCCAUAUUAGAAACAUAAGGUACACUCUAUAAGGAAAGCAAUAUACAAUAUACUAUACAUCUUCUAUUUCAAUGCCUCUAGUUUUAGGCUAGUACUCAUAUAAAUGUUUAUAAAUGAAAUACAGGUUUUAUUGUUCUUCACAGGACCAAGCAAAGAAGUUCUGCCUCGUCUAAAUACUAACAAUAGCAUUUCAGUUCAACAAAUACUCCUUGCUCAUGCUUCUAGUUAUCUUGUGGUGAGCUCCAUCCUACUAUGAUUCCCCAUAAAUGCAUUUGAAAUUGAAAAGUAAUGAGCUAUUUUAUUGCAUGACCUUUACACAGUACCUGAUUCAUAAAGAUAAAUAAAUCCAAAAUCUCAUUUAUGAGUUAUUAGUGAUCAGUAAAACAACAAAAACCCCUCAAAGUUCAGCUGAAUAAGCAAUGAAGAUCGUAUAUUUCUUAUUCAUUCUCUCAUAUAAAAAGUUCCUGGAGUCAUUCUAACAGACCUAUUCUAUGAAGCUUUUGCCAUGGACACUGGCACCAGCUUUCAUCAAAAAGUGUACUCAUUUCUGCUUCCCAUUUCAUCUGGAAGUCAAAUGUAAUGGAGAAAUUAUCUGGAUUUGAAAUAAAUAAAUCAUAUGGGUUUCAUUCAAAGCAGUCAGUUCUCUGUCUAUUUGACCUAGUCCAUUUGUACAUAGUUCACAUUAAUUACUUUUUGUGAUAUUAGUAAAAUAAUACCCAGAAAACAAUAUUCCUCUAAGUAAACUCUACUGAAGAACAUUUUGUUCCUGGCUGUGACAAGGAUACCUCUGUUAUACAUUUCAAAGAUAAGUCACUGAAAAGGUGAUCAAAUAAGACAGAAUAUUAAAGUAAAUCUAGAGAUUUAGCACAUAAGAAAUGUGUGUACUCAUUUAAAAAAGUGAUACAGUAGGGAAGUUAGUGAGUUCUUUUUUUUCAUUAAAUUUUGCUGAUAGGCAUAACAGUUGCUCAGAAGAUGUUUAUUUCUUCUCUCACAUACUCUCACUUGAAGCUAACAGAAGGACAGCAAAAAAAGUAUUUUUUAUCCAAAUCAUUAGUAAAUGCAAUCCAGCGGCCAACUCCAUCCAAACUGUUUGACUUUCAUUGUCAUAGGUAUAGAUUAUACAUUGUAAAUCAUUGACAGAGCUUGUUUUUUUAAGAGCUGCAACAAUAUGAUAGGAAAAGUACGAGUUCAGUUAUGCUGCCAGGUGCUCAAGAUACCAUCCAGACUGUAUUUACUAUUAUUCUCCCAUCAUUUAAAAAGGCAAGAAGUUAGUGUAAUUCUAUAUCUUUCUAUUAUUCUAGUUUUCACAUGUGGAGAGAGCUUGCACCCAUUCCCUUCCCCUUCUACCAUAUGAACCAGCUCCUGCUUUACCACUUUUGUGGUACCAUUUUUGCCUGUUUUUGAUAUCUCUUGGUCCAAUCAGAUCAAUAGCCCUGACUGGGCUGCUGGAUAUCUGGAAAUCCUGGAUGAAAGGCCACACUAUACAUGUGGAGAACAAUUCUGUAUCUCAGGUGCAGAGUUUUGUGUGGAUAUGUUGGAUUUACUGCUAGGGGCAGACCAAGUGCGCAAGUGCACUGGACUCACCUCAUGUGCCAUAGAGUUGAUGUGUUUAAGUACAACACAUGUUGAUACACUACUCAGCUAGCGCAAACACAUAGUCAUGAAUUUCAGUCUGGCAAAUCCUGAGGAAAAUGUGGAAGUUGCAGCAUUUGGAAUUUCAAACAUUGGCAGGAUAACAUGAUUUUCACCACUUACUCUCUCUUAUUUCAUGAAAAAUAUAUUGAACAAUAAGAAAAAAAAGAAAGGAAGGUGAAGGGGAUGGUGAGGCAGAGCUCAUUUAUCAAACUUUAUGUUCUCUUCAGCCCUCUUUUUUGCCAUCACCAUGUGUGGAACCAGCACCAUUCAAAUGCAAUUGUCAGCACUGAUCAUCUGUCCCAUGGGAGUUGUUUCUGAGUUGCCGCAGGUAAAUUUUAUUCUGAAUAGCUCUGACACUGCCAUGGGUCAAGAAGUGACUGUCAUUUUUAAUAACCAUUGUUUAAAGGUUCAUUGCUGAAAUGGUCUAUAUCCAAAUAACUAUGCUAGGAUUCUGCAAGUAAGGUUCAUUUUCCAGCAAGGCUUUGUGAUAGGAAUUUUGAAUGUUACCGUGAAUCAGACUGAUUCGUGUUUUUUUUCUGAACCUAAUAAAUUGGUUCAGAAACCUAAUAAAUCUACUAAUAAAGUAGAUUAUUACAGUGCAGUGAAAACCUUGGUCAAUACUGCUAUGUCAGAAACCUGGUGUUCUGAACAACUGCAGACUUCCUACCUCCUGAUAAUCCUUGCAAAGCAAAACCACAUGACUUCUAUCACAGCUAAUAGGAGUCUUUGGGCUAAAAGUCUGCAAAAGCUUUGAAGCCCUAUCCUACACUCGCUGCUGCACAAAACGUCAGUGGUCUGAUUCUGCAAGUGUUAUAUUUGCUGGGUAAUGCUUAGUCUAUAGAUGGAACCAUAGUCUGGCACUUUUUUGUGUAAAACAUCCCACAUCGGCAGAAGAAAGCGCUUUCCCCUAUCCUGCAUUUGGGUUUCAGGGUUGGUUACAUGGGCCAUUUCGGCUGCAGUCCUGCAUGUGCUCAAGUGAACAGGUAGCAUAAAGGAUGCUGGGACCCUUGGUCAAAGCCCACUGAAGACAAAUACGUGUAGUGUGCUUUGGCUAGGCCUUCUGCAAACUUUUCUGCGAGCAAGGAUGGAAGGACUGCGGCCAUACCUCAUUGGGUGGCUGUAGAUGGGAGCCACACACCUAGUAUCUAAUGCAGCAUUUCAGAUAUCUAAGGACUUGGUUUUCCAUACAUUCUAUAUACAUUCCUAUGUAUUUUAUGAAUCAGGUCUGUGAUUAAUGUUUUGAUCAAUUUGCUGCAGUUUCAUGGGGUUACUCUCUCUUUGGUUUGCAAUGUAAAUAACACUGUAUAUCUGCUGUUUUAUGAUACAAAUGCCAUGUGAAUUGCUUAUUUUUAAAAUUUUAGCUCUGUUAUGGUUUAUUUAAAAUGCCAUAUUACAGUAUUGGUUUAAUAUAUGAUGUAUCUGUAUGGCAUGAAUUAAACUGCUUAUAUUUUACAAUGUCAAAUAUUUUAUUUUUGUUUUCUAAAAUGACUACAUUUCAUCCUAUGCAGUUUCAUAGUUUCCUAAGUGGCUCAUUAUAUCUGGAAAUAUUGCUUCCUCUCCAGUAGUGCAGGCAUAAGAACCAGUAUUACUGAUCAAAAUCAUCAAAUAUAUCAUCUAGUAAUUUCAGAUUAGAAAUAUAUGUACCAAUAUGUAAGCAUUUAUAGUUAAUCAGAUCAUCUACUAUAUCUUCCUUGCUUUUCAUGUAAUGAUAUAUUUUAAUCAUUUUGUAUACCUUUUAUUUGUAAUUAUUUGUGAGUCAUCCACAAUGUAAAUAACAUGUUUCAUUAUGCAAGAUUUCUAAGUAUUCAAGAUUACAAGACAAGGUGAAUUUGUAUAUGAAAAGAAUUUGACAGUAGAUUGAAAUUACAUAAAAUAAAGUGGUGAUGACUGUGUUCUAUUUA